CGAUUCAUAAGUAAGGCUGUCACGCUCAUAUCCAAACAUAACCUGUUAACCUUUUGUGUGAUGUAGUGAGAGAUUUUUGUCAUUCCAUUUUUUAAAUAAGAGAAUUAUUGUUAUAGUUGAUUUGACCUUGUUUGAAAAGAUAAUUAUCUUACUUCUACUCAUCUACAGUGAUUGGAAUAAUUUCAUCGAGACAUAAUGGCAUCAAAAAUAUUUUUCGAUCGUUGUUGUAAUCCAUUUGAUUUAGAAUCACAUUUUAAAAAAAAAAGUUUACGUCCAGCGACUGACAUCAUGAAAGUCACGUUGGGAUUAAGUGAUAAUUAUUUAUUAUGCAGUUCGUGUCGAAACAAAGCUUUAAAAUUGGUAAAGGAACAAACAAAUACUAGUAAUGAUACUACCGUUGAUGCAAGUGAUCAUGAAGAUGAUUCUAGUGAUAACAAUGAGAACAGUGAUGGUGCUGACAGUGAUAGUAACACAACUGCCACAGAUCUCCCGUUGUCCUCAUCAUUCCGUUCCUUGUCGUUUAAUAGUGAACCCAAAGAUUCACAAUCAAGCUCGGCAUCCCAAGUUAGUGCUGCAACUCAAUUACCCAGUAUAAACGAUGCAUUGCGACUAUUAAAUCAAUCGCCAAUUCCUUCAAAAAAAUUGAAUGAUUAUCAAUUUUUGAGUAAUAAAAUAAAUCAGACGUCUGACAGCUUAAAAAAAAUUUUGCUCUCAACUGCUGACGAAGGAUCAAUUGAUGACGAUGGUGAAAAUUUUCGUUCAUUAAUUGAAAAGCUGCACGAUAAAUUCAAUGAUAAAGAAACAGAAAAGUCUUUAAAGAUACAAAUCUUAACCUUGUUACCUGAAAAAUGGGGUGAAAGACGUAUUUGUAAAACUAUGAAUACAUCAAGACAUUUAUCAAGAGUAGCAAAAAAGUUGGUUGAAGAAAAAGGUAUACUUUCAACACCUGAAACAAAAUUAGGGACGACAAUUACUGAUCAAAUAUUAUUGAAAAUUGCGAAUUUUUACAACGAUGAUGAGUAUAGUGCUUUGAUGCCCGGCAUGAAAGACUUUGUUUCAGUUCGAAAUGAUGAUGGUAAUCGGGUACACGUCCAAAAACGGCUUGUUCUGUCUAAUUUAAAAGAACUUUACCAAUGUUUCCGUGAAAUAAACCCUGCAGAGAAAGUUGGAUUUUCGAAAUUUGCUUCGUUACGGCCGAAACAUUGUGUGUUAGCAGGAGCAAGUGGAACGCAUACUAUCUGUGUAUGUACUAUCCAUCAAAACUUUAAGUUGAUGAUGCUUGGUGCAAAUGUUCAUUCUUUAACGAGGAAUACAGAAAAGUCGUUGAAACACUAUAAUGAUUGCUUGGACAUGAUAAUAUGUGAGACUCCAACAGAAAAAUGUUAUUUGGGUGGAUGUAACAAGUGUCCAGGGGUAGAUGAGUUGAGUAACAUUUUACUGACAUGUUUUGAGAAUCAGGAAAUCGAGAAUGUCACGUACAAGCGUUGGGUAUCAAAACCAAGGUGCAGUUUAGAAACUUUUAUACAGCCUACAGAAGAAUUUAUUGAAAACCUUUGUAGUGAAUUGAAAGUUCUUCUACCUCACUCAUUCAUUGCAAAAGAACAAGCUAAGUUUUUAAAAACAUUAAAGGAAACACUAAAACCAAAUGAAUAUGUCAUUAUUUGUGAUUUUGCAGAGAAUUAUGCGUUCGUAGUACAAAAUGCAGCAUCUGGUUUUCACUGGAAUAAUGAUCAGGCGACAGUUUUUCCGGUAGUUAUUUAUUAUAAAGUAAAUGACAAACUUGAACACAGAAGUUUAGUGAUUAUUUCAGACUGUAAUAAUCACGAUGCUGUUGCUGUUCAUGUUUUCAUCAAAAUAAUAACUGAUUAUGUGAAAAGUCUUCCUGAACGCUGUAACAAGAUUUAUUACUUUUCUGAUGGGGCUCCUCAACAGUUUAAAAACUUUAAAAAUUUUGUUAAUUUGUACUACCAUGAAGAUGAUUUUGAUAUUCUUGCUGAAUGGCAUUUUUUUGCAACUGCCCAUGGCAAAGGUCCGUGUGAUGGAAUUGGUGGUAUCCUCAAACGACUUGCAGCAAGAGCAAGUCUCCAGCUUGCGGUAGAUAAACAAAUAACAACACCUAUAGGACUUUACGAAUGGACUUCUGAUCCGGAUAACUUGCCAAAUAUCAUAGUCAAGUUUUCUCCAGAAGAAGACUAUAAUACAGCAUUGAACGACUUGAAUGACAGAUUUACAAAAACGAAACCAAUUGUAGGAACUCAACAACUACAUUGUGUAAUCCCCGACAAAAAUGGUUGUUUGUAUGUAAAAAAAUUCUCAAACUCUAAUGAACAUAGAAUUUGUAAAAUAUGGAAACGCCAGAGAGAACAUUAAUGAUUAAAUUAUUAUAUUGUUUUUGUAAAAUCAUUAAAAAUUAACAAUAUUAAUUAAUAAGCUUAGUAUUUACUAUCGUUUUAUAAGCUUAUAAAUUAAGGAUAUUAUACCACAAAACAU